AUGAAGAAUGUUUGGGAUCUUGAAGAAGUAGUUACUACGCCCAAUUCAGCUCUUAGGUUACAUUCCAAAAUUAUAAAGCAGAUAGCACAAUUCUUAGAGUCACAACUAGAUCGAUACAACUUAUGUUUAGUUAACAAGACAUGGUCACCAGUAGCUAAGAGUGUGUUGUGGUCAGAGCCAAAUUUCAAGACGCCGGAUUCUCUUCGCUUUUUUCUACGAGCAGUUAAAGAAUCAAGACAAUGCGCUUUAAGAGUUCAAUCUCUUAAUCUAUGUGCACCAGAGGAAAAUAUCACUAGUGACAUUUUCCUACCUGUAUUAAAUUCCGAGCGACAAGAGCAUAAAAUAAUGUCAACCUAUGUCAUAUCAAGACCAAAUUUCAUAUUAAAUCUUGUAAAGAUAUGUGAAAAUGUACAAAAAAUUAAAGUUUAUGGAUGGAAUUUAUCUGAUAAUCAUCUACAAUCAUUAUCACAAAAUUGUCCAAAACUCAAGGAAAUUUUAGCAUUCUAUUCAUCGAUAAAUUAUAUGCAUGAUCUUUGUGUGUUGGAUUUAGAUGGUGAUUUUAAUUUGUCUGAUGGCUUUGCAGAAAUACUACCAACCAGAUGUCCAAUGCUUGCUUCACUUAAACUUUCGACUAAAUCAAUGACGGAAAAAGGAUUUGAUUCACUAGCAAAAAAAUUUACUAAACUUACUAACCUAAUAUUACAAAAUUGUCCUCAUCUUAUCGAUGAAAACAUUGAAAGUUUUGUUAAAAAAAAUCCUAAACUACAAAAACUUCAAUUAUUAAGUAAAGGCCUUACCAUCAAAACAUUUCAAGUGGUGAUAUAUUAUGCAAAGGAACUAGUAUAUUUUGAUUUUAGGUGCUUACAAGAAGAAAUUAGUAUUUUACCAAACGAGAUGCAAUGGUUAAGGCCAGUUUGUCAUAAUUUGGAUACACUUAUACUUGAAAAUUUACCAAUUGAUGACCAUAUAAUUUCAACUAUCGUUAUACAUUGUAAAAAAAUGAAAAAUAUUGGACUUUCAAAAUGUUCAUAUAUAACUGAUGAUUCGAUCAAUAGCAUCGCAUCUAAUCAAAAAAACCUUUGUUUGAUAAAUUUAGUUGAGUGUAGGAACAUUACAGAUCUCUCUCUUAAAUAUUUAGGUGGUGGUGGAAAUCAAACUAGUAAUAAUAAUAAUAGUAGUAGUCAUUCAAUUGCACAUGUUAUUAUAGAUUCAUGUGGUUCAUUUGCACCAGAAGCUAUACAUUGGUUUGUCAAUGUUUCACCAAAACUCGAAAAAAUAAUUUUGCAUGGGAUGCCAUCAAUCAUCAAUUCUUUUAUCUAUCAAUUUUCUGCAGAAUAUCAACAAAAAAAGCAACAAAAUGGAAUAUAUAAUUCGAUUGACGCUAAAGCAAAAUGCACUCUCAUUAAAUUGUCGUUAGAAUUGGGUUUACCUACAAAUGUUAUUGAUCAUACAAAACACACUUUUAUCACCACCGCCACUGCAACCGCAACCACAUCUUCAAUUUCUGCAUCAGCGCAACAUCGACAUGAUUCGUGGACUACAGUUAUUAAAAAAACACGAAGUUGUUGGUCAUCGAUUAAUAUAAAAUUACCUAAGAAAAAAGGAUACCGUAAAGAAGUCGCACAGAGUCGGUCAAUUUAUGAUAAUAAUAAUGAUAAUGAUCAUGCAGUAGAAGUGGGUAACGAUAAGCAAGUAAAUAAUGAAUUAAAAUCAACAACAAUAAAAGGAUAUAAAUCGUCAUGGAAUAAACCUAUUGGAGGUGAAGAUGAUUUAGGUGGAUGGGCAGAUUUUGGAAUCCAGUCAAGACAUGACGACUAUAACAAUAAAGAUAAAGAUGCCGUUGUUGUGGACUCCCAUCAACAAAAUAUUUCCAAAUUAUUCAUCUCGCCUGACUCCAUUAACAAUGAUUGUGAUGUUAAUGAUGAUAAAGAAAUAUUAGUUGAUAUUGGUACUUGGGAUAAACCAGGAUCAGUAAUAGAUAUGAUUUGGGAUUCCAGUGCAACUGAACAAUCAAACUCUGACAAUACAAUUGAAGUCGAAGAGGAGGAGGAAUCGAUUAAAAAGAGUGUUUACUCUAAGAAUAAAAAUGAAACGAUGACAGUUGCUAAUAAUAAAAAAGUUGUUAUUGAUGAUGAUGAUGAAGGAUGGGGAACACCACCUGAAAGUGCUAUUGCAUGGAAUGAUCCUCGACAAGGGGAAAAAGUUCAACGACAACAUCAGAAAGAAGAAAGUUGUCAUAAGGAAGCAUGUGCAAUCCAAGCCUGUCUUCAAAAAAACAAUUAUCAAGAGUCAAAAUGUCAAGAAUCGAUUAAUCAAUUGUAUCAAUGCUGUGAAAAAUUAUUGAAAUCAGGUGGAGAAUCAGCAAGUUGUUCAAAGAAGAUAAUGAAAAAUAAGGAUUUUUUGUAA